AUGCCUGAAAUUGAACAAAGAUUAGAAAAUGAUGAUUUAAUGCUAUUAUUUGGUUAUGAUCUUAUAAAACAGUGUUCAAAAAGAAAAGAUACAUUAAUUGCUUAUCCAAUUGAAAUAUGUAUUCGUCUAUUAGAAAAUAGUUUAAAUGAAGAAAGAAAACAAAAAAAAAUUGUUGCUGAACUUAAUUUACAAACAAUUGAUAGGGGAACAAGAUUAAAUGAACUUAAUUAUGAUCCACAUGUUCCUGCAAGUACACUUAAACAAUAUUUAAGAGAACUUCCUGAUCGUUUACUUACAACUGCACUUUUACCACAAUAG